CGAGAGGCUGCCGUACACCCGCGCUGAGAGGCUGACGAUGGCCUGAUGCCCCAGUCCAGGACCUUGAUAGGCGGAACACUAACCGUCCAGGCAUGGAGGACAAACGGAACAUCCAGAUCAUUGAGUGGGAACACCUGGACAAGAAGAAGUUCUAUGUCUUUGGGGUCUGCAUGACCAUGAUAAUCCGGGUGAGCGUUUACCCCUUCACCCUCAUCCGGACGCGCCUGCAGGUGCAGAAGGGCAAAAGCCUAUACAAUGGGACGUUUGACGCCUUUGUGAAGAUCUUGCGGACGGAAGGGGCCGCUGGGUUUUACAGGGGGUUCCUGGUCAAUACGUUUACUCUGAUCUCCGGCCAGUGCUACGUGACCACCUACGAACUGACCCGCAAGUACGUGUCAAAAUACAGCAGCAGCAAUACUGUGAAGUCAUUGGUUGCCGGGGGUUCUGCGUCUCUGGUUGCUCAGAGCAUCACGGUACCUAUAGAUGUGGUCUCCCAGCACCUUAUGAUGCAGCGCAAAGGAGAGAGUAUGGGGAGGUUCCGGGUACAUGCAACAGAUGGGAAACAGCCAGUAAUGUUUGGCCAGACCAAGGACAUAAUCCUGCAGAUUUUCCGCGCCGACGGUUUCCGAGGUUUCUACAGGGGAUACGUAGCGUCCCUGCUAACCUACAUCCCUAACAGUGCAGUGUGGUGGCCAUUCUACCACUUAUAUGCAGAGCAACUGUCCCGCCUGAGCCCUAACGACUGUCCCCACCUCCUGCUUCAGGCUAUAGCCGGCCCACUAGCCGCUGCCACUGCCUCUACCAUCACCAAUCCCAUGGAUGUGAUAAGGGCACGUGUGCAGGUGGAAGGCAAGAGCUCCAUUAUCAAUACCUUCAGGCAGCUGAUGGCAGAAGAAGGUCCGUGGGGAUUGACCAAAGGCCUUUCCGCCCGUAUCAUAUCCUCUACUCCUUCCACCAUAGUCAUCGUGGUGGGUUAUGAGACACUGAAGAAGCUCAGCCUAAGGCCGGAACUGGUGGACUCGAGACAUUGGUGACUGGUAGAGCUUGUGGAACCUUGUCCAUCAGUAGAGACACUGGAACUUUGGUGGAACUUUGAGGGUAUCAUCAGGAGAACGUGCUGGAAUAUCACUGGGCCCAUCUUCUACUUGGUUCUUCCAUGAGCUGCUGCUGGACUGGAAUUGGGCGCCCAGACACUGAGAAGCACAAGAGGACAAGACCUUGUGACUCUCCGAACCAAUAGCUGUGUAUGUGACCUUCCUACUCCCGCCCCCUCACGCGUGUGUCAUACACGCGUAUUCCGUGUGGCCUCUCCGCUCCUUCUCAAGAUUCUGGGAUUUCCUCUCUUUUUCUUCAGUUUUAAAAACACAGGGUAUUUUUCCCCUUUUUAUAAAGACUUCUAGAUUUUUUUACACAGAUGCCCGGUCCCUUUUAUUUAAUGUAAUUGCCAAAUGGAGGGUGGGGGGUGGCAGGGUGCCUAGGUGCUUACAUAGAGAUUGUAUCGGUCCACGGGGGAAAUUCUCCGUCUGCUUACUGUUGGUUUCGUUUGGCCUAAAGCGCCUUUCCCUUUGCGCCUCCCUGCAGGGCUGACCGAUAGUAAUGGGUACUUGUUUCUUUUUAAAGGGGAAGUAUGCCUUUUGUUUUGCAUCUCUAUAAGUAUAACUGAAGGUGGAAUAUUCUAAGCAACAUUAUUAGAAAUCUUACAUUUAUUUUUGCUUCCCCCCCCCCUAAUUUUACAUGGUCUGUCCCUAGAAUUAAGCUUAAAAGGAUACUGGUGCCUUUUUUUUGGGGGGGGGGGGGGAAGUGGUCUGAAUUGCAAGGCUUUAGUUUCAGUUGAAUUGCUGCUUGCUUUUCUCUAUGGAACCUCCUGCAGCUGUCAGCUGAAAAUAGGGCAUUUAAAAAAUAAAAAGUCAUCUCAAGGAUAGCGGGGUGCAGGAAUGACCAGAAAUUAGAAAAAUAAAUAAAGGGGUUAGUAUCCUUUUAAAAUGUGACCACUGUACCAGACAAACUAAAUAUUAGGUUAGUUUUUAUUGCCAUUACCCAGGCCAGUGGCAAAGUUGCUUUAUACAAUAAGUCCAUUACCCAGCGAGUCGGACCUCCCGUACGGAUGGAUACACUAGAGGGGGCUCUUGUCAUGUAAUGGGGGGGUGCGUCCGGUCUCCUCGGCUUCUGUUACUAAAUAAAUUCUAAACCUGUGGGUCGGGGUGGGUCUUUGUUUGUAUCCGGUUGUACUGCAGAUUUUUAUGUGUAUGUAUAUAUUUAAACUCUUUUUAAAAAAAAAAAAAA